UUGUCCUGUCCCACGGAGCUACAGACAACCUCCGCUAUAGCUACAGACGCAAGAGCACCUACUGGGACCGCCGGGACACAGGUGGUGAUGAGGACGGGAGAGAGUGAUGAGAAUAUGAAGGAAAAAGAGAAGAUGGGAGAGAGGGAUGAGAUGGAGGUGCGUUUGCAGUCCAGCGGACACGGAGGAGGAGGAGGAUGUGUCCACAUCUCUCUGGAGGAAGUGAAGAGCUUCUACCGGUUCUCACAGAGCUGUCAGCGGCUGCAUAAUGACAUCAUGCAGCAGGAGAGUGAUCGUCUGUUUGCUGCAGACAUCGAUCCUGACCUCAGGAAACGGUUUGCUUUCCUCUCAGGGGGCCGAGCUGAGAACGGCAGUCCCAUCAUCGUGUUCCCAGAAUUCCCUGCGUUUGGCGAGCUCCAGGAGGAAGAGUUCCACAACGUGCUGACCUACCUGACCAGUGUGCCCAGUGAGACGGCGUCUGGAGUGGGCUUCAUCCUGGUCAUCGACCGCCGUCAGGACAGAUGGACCGCCGUCAAGGGGACCCUGCUACGCAUUGCAGUGAGUAACCCACCGUGUGUGUGUGUGUGUGUGUGUGUGUGUGAGAUCUAUUAG